AAGACUCCCAAGAGUCCUCUCCCCGGCUCAGCUGUCCUCAGGGCUCAGUGGCCUAUGCCUCCCACUGCUAUGCUUUGUACCUGACGCCCAGAUGUUGGAUGGACGCAGAGAUAAACUGUCAGAAGCGACCUGCAGGACAUCUUGUGUCUAUUCUCAGUAGGUCUGAAGGAUCCUUUGUGGCCUCUCUGAUCAAAAACAAUUUGAGUAGUUUCUCCUACAUCUGGAUCGGGCUUCAUGACCCUACAGAGGGUUAUCAACCCAAUGGACUUGGGUGGGCAUGGAGCAGCACUGAGGUGCUGAAUCAUCAUGCUUGGGAGAAAAUCCCUCCUAGCUAUCCUUAUCCUGGCUACUGUGGAAGUUUGACACAAAAUUCAGGGUUUCAGAAAUGGAAAGAUUUUGGAUGUAAUCUGGAAUUACCCUAUGUCUGCAAGUUCAUGAACUAGGUCAAUGGCCAGUUAACAACCUGAUUUGGCUCUGCACUUCAUCAUGGACAAAUAACUAAAUUUGAAGACCCAUACUUAUAGAGACUGUUUUUCUCCAUAAACCCACCAUGACUAACCUCAUUCUGACCUUUCGUUUCCUCUCUGUCAUUUCUGUCUUCUGUAUAUUCAGAGCUUG